AUGGGCUGCUGCGCGUGGGAUCCAGCGUCCCGAGCCGGGCACAGGGUACGCCGCAUCGCUUACAGCAGGAUCAAGAUCACGUUCCGUGACUCGCAGGGCCAGGACAUCAAGACCGUCGAGGCGAACGAGGGCGACGAUAUCCUCUCGAUUGCGCACGAGUACGACAUUGACCUGGAGGGCGCGUGUGAGCGCUCGAUUGCUUGCUCUACGUGCCAUGUCAUCCUCGACGAGGAUGUGUACUAUCAGCUUGACGAGCCAAGUGACGAUGAAAACGACAUGCUCGACCUCGCUUUCGGCCUAACGGACACGUCGCGGCUGGGCUGCCAGGUGUAUGUUACGAAGGCCCUGGACGGCAUGGUCGUCCAACUGCCGGCGGCCACGCGCAACAUGUACGUCGACGGUGCCAAGCCCGGUCAUUAG